AUACUUGGGCUGGAAAUUGUCUUCUAUCAGAUUACCACUAGAUGGAAGCAGAUUGCUACUCAUCUGAAAUUAAUUGCUAAUGUAAAGGUCACUCUGUCCCAUCAGCCAGGAUUAAGAGUUAAUAAGUAAUUGCAAGAACAUCAACAUAGCUAUGGUGUUUGCUCCAGUCUCUCAUCAGUUUGAUGGUGUUUAGAUGUUAUCAGGAAUUAUAUCUUUUUACACACUCUGCCAGGAUUUGUACUGACCUGCAGCAUGCAUCUGUGAUGUGUCUAAUCUCAUUUGAAAUGUUUCUAUUUCAGACAGUUUGCAUGCUGUCCCCCUCUUUCAUUUUGAGAUUACAUUGCGUUUGCGAAAAUCCUUUCCUAUUUUGCUCUCCUCUGUGCUGCUGCCUUUCAGUUGCAAUGACCAUUACAGUACACACUAGGCCCGCGUCAUUUUAAAGACCUACAGUGGAAUGAUAAUCCUUUGUUUGGGCUCAUACUGACUUAUUUUUAAACUAAUUCCCUAUGUUGUUGUUGCUGCUGCUGCUGUUGCUGUGGCAGCCCGACUGCAAUAAUAACUCCCCCCCCCCAAACACGUGUUCAUAUUUGCUCGUCUAAAUAUUUAUUUAGAAAUAUGUAUUAAACCGACUCCUCCCAUGCCCUGAAUGUUUUCCCGAUUUAACUAUUAGAACCAGACUCUGCAGAUAAUACAUAAAGACUAAACAUGGUAUAAAUCAGAAAGUGUGAGGGAUUUCUAACACAGAGUCGAGGGAGAAGGAUUUGUAUGUACAGCGGUUAACUUCUUGUAGCCUAGGUGAAAUAAAUGGCAAACUUUGGGACAGUUAACGCGGCCUGUGUUCAGGUUUAUGGACAGGGGAGGUAAAGUUGGAGCUCUUCGUCAAGUUAGCCAGGUACAGUCUGUCAGGAUGGCUGUUAAGCGCCUAGGCCUUCAAUAUAAAAGCAAGGAUGUUAUCCGUUUGAAUUAAAAGAGUUUGCCAGUAACUAUCUUGACCAUUAAGAUGGUGUUAUUUGUAUUUAUACAAAAUGUAAUUGCUUUUAGUAUAGGAUUUACUUUGUCUCUGCUUACGAAAUGCCAAAUAUAUAAUUAAUAAGUGUUUUACUUUGAAAGGUCAGCCCGAAGUCACAUUUUUCAGUUAGGCUAGCUUGUCAGUUACCAAAGUAGCUAAGGGUUCAGGCGGAAGGAGGAGUCCGGGGCAAUCUGGAGGGGACAUCCAUCAUGUAGUUUGUUCAACACAGGCUGCGUGACUUAAAAUUCAAGACCUCGGUGUUUCUUCCCUCCGUUUGUUCGUCUGAAAACGCAUUUUUGUGUUUUUAACAUCUAACCGACACCAUGUUUCUGCGCGGAUCUAAAAAACGACGGUCGAGCCGCUCGCAGGAGGAAGAGGACCCGGACAGAGGGCAGCCCUGUCUGCACUGUGGAGACCAGUGCCCCGGCUUCCGUGUCCAUGGCUGGAGGAAGAUCUGUGUACACUGCAAGUGUGUGCGAGAGGAGCAUGCCGUGCGCUCGGUGCCAGGCCAGCUGGAAAAGAUGAUGACGAAGCUGGUGUCGGACUUCCAGAGACACUCCAUCUCCGACGACGACUCGGGCUGUGCCUCCGAGGAGUACGCAUGGGUCCCACCUGGGCUCAAGCCCGAACAGGUAUACCAGUAUUUCAGCUGCUUGCCAGAGGACAGGGUGCCUUAUGUGAACAGUCCAGGGGAAAGAUACCGAAUCAAACAACUGCUGCACCAGCUUCCAACCCACGACAGUGAGUCCCAGUACUGUAACUCUCUGAACGAGGAGGAGAAGAAGGAGUUGCGUUUGUUCAGUCAGCAGAGGAAAAGAGAAAGCCUGGGCAGAGGCGUCGUCCGGCUCUUCCCAGUAACUAUGACGGGAGCCAUUUGCCAACAGUGUGGCAGGCAGAUCUGCGGUGGAGACAUAGCGGUGUUUGCCAGUCGGGCCGGACACAGCAGCUGUUGGCACCCUCAGUGUUUCCAGUGUUCCACCUGCAGUGAGCUCCUGGUCGAUCUGAUCUACUUCUUUCAGGAGGGACAGAUCUACUGCGGCCGGCACCACGCUGAGAGGCUCAAGCCCCGCUGCCAGGCCUGCGAUGAGGUGACUGUCUCACCGAGAUCCCCAACCUGUCUCAUAAACACUCCUCAACAUUUUUUUUUUGUUGUUUUUUGCUGCGCUAAGCGUUUUAAUUUUUUUUUUUUGCGUCAGCGUUACAUCAUGAGAGAGAGUCGACCAUACUGCUGCUCCUGCUACGAGUCCAUGUACGCAGAGUACUGCGAUACCUGUGGAGAAAACAUAGGUAUCGAUCAGGGCCAGAUGACAUAUGAGGGUCAGCACUGGCACGCCGUGGAGUCGUGUUUCUGCUGCGCCCGCUGUCAACUGCCUCUGCUGGGGCGCCCUUUCCUCCCUCGAGGGGGGCUCAUCUUCUGCUCCAGGGCCUGUUCUCUGGGCGAGGACCCCAAUAACUCCGACUCGUGUGACUCGGCGCUGCCGAGCAAACCUCAGCACAGACGCUGUGACACAGCAGAGAAACCCCAGCAGCCGCAGUGCGGUUCUCCACUGCAGCCACAAGAGGGCACCAACCCUCCUAUAACUCUUGGAAAAGACUGCAUUCAUACUGCAGUGGAAAACAGAGGUGUCCACUGCACUGCUCCGGUUCAAAACGGACUUCCUUUACCCAGUGGUCAUCCUCAUCCAAGAGGCUCGUACUCGCCUCUUCCCCACAUCCAUCUAGGAAAUGGCUUAGGUCCAUCUUGGCCCAGCGACCUUCCACAUUACAGUUUACUGCCAGGGGACUCUGGUAUUAAACCUCCUGUCGGGGAUCUCCAGUUCCAGCGAGAGCGGAAUGGAAAUACUGGACUAACUGGUCUUAAUUCAAGAGGAACCUCUACUGCUAAAGACUGUAGGAACUGGGUGGAAAGGACGAAUCAAGUAAUGCAAGUGUUUCCUCCUCAGAAAAACUCACACAUCAUUUCACCUGAGUCGCCUCCCCUCUUGCCCAACAACCCAUCCGUCCUGCCACCUCCUCUGCCCGUUAAGUCCCGUGACUUAAUGCCCCAAGACUCACCUCCACCAAACCUCCCCCAACCAGUGGACAGACCCGCUGAUUCUCCACCCCCGCUGUCUCGCAGUGGCACAGCUCGGGUCAGCUUCAGAGAACCAAUCAGCAGCAGCUACUCCGUCGAUGAGGACGAGGAUGAAGACGAGAAUGAGGAGGAGCUGCGAGAGGGCGUGGAGAACCAGCAGGAGGAAGAUGAGGUGGAGGGAGGUUUCGGAAGCAGGUUGCAUCUACAGAAAGGCAUCCCACCUCAAAUGGAUCUGCUGGAUGGAUCCUCCUAUCACCAGCGGAGUCUGCGGCGAGGGUGGGGCCAUUGCCGUAUCCCCUCCGACCCUGCUCUCCACCCGGGCCCGGAGAGGCGCUCCCGACGCUCGCAGCCCGACCGGCCUCGGCUGGACACCCUGGACUGGAGAGGGGAGAAAGAGAGGGAUAGCCAGGGCUCCGCCAACGGCUCCUCACUGACCCUCAAGCUGAGCCAGUACAAACACGAAGACUGCUCUACGUGCUCUUCAUCCUCAGACUCGGAGGAAGAGGGCUUCUUCCUGGGACAGCCCAUACCUCUCCCCCCGCAGCUCCGAAAGCAGCAACCUGAGGAGGGCAAAGACAGAGAGGGAGAAGAGGAGAGGGAGGUGCAGAGAGACUGGGGACUGAGAGGCAGCAUAAGGCGGAGAAGAGCUCACAGCCUUGGUGCAAAGGACAAAGAUAAAAACUGUGCUAUCUCCUAACACCUAACAUCAAAACACAGCAUGUUACUUUCUAAAUUAUGGAAGAGAACUAAUGGCCCUUCAUUACUCUAGUAUUCAAGCUGUUUUUCUGUUGGUAAUGUAGAUCCAACACACGUGCAGACUUUUCAGAAAGGUGAACCACAGCCAUUGUUCCAAAGGAAGCACAAUAAACCGCAGAAAAGUCAUUACCUUUUACUUUACGAUAUUGACUUCUCAUUGGUUGACCUUUUGAGAUGUUACAGUGUGAGUAUGUGGUUAGUGAUGAAUGUGGAGUGAUUGUUGGUAACAUUUAUGUUUGGAUUCUAUAGAGAUGACUCACUCCUGUGUCCGUGACCCUGAAGUGUAAUGUUACCGCUUCUUAACAUCGCCAUCAUUUACAUAUGCAAACUUGCAGUAGCACGUAUGACCAGGAACAGACAGCUCAUUCCUCCAUUAUGGUUUGUAAAAGGAAUAUUAAAUAUAUGUUAUUUUUAACUCUACCGUAACUACUUUUUUCUGUGCUCUUAUGUGCAAUUUGUAUAUGGCUGUAAUAUAUUAGUUAUGAAUACUAAUGGGCAAAUUUAUGGAAUGGAGUAUGACCAGCCUUGGCAGUUUUAUGAUUAUCAAAGUAUCACACAAAGGAGAAUUUGAGUAAAUUUUGGAGGUUAAAUUUGCUGCGUGUGUUUAAACAAAAUACUUCAAAAUUUGUAUAUGUUCAUGUCUUUAAUCAAAUUAUUUUUAUAUAUUUGGUGUAAGUCGCUGUUCUUUCUUAUUUUUUUAGGUAAAAGGAAGAGAUUAUAAUUUCCGUUUCUUUUAUUGUGUCGGGCAACUUUA